GUUUUGCUGUCACGUCUGGAGUCUUUCUGUAUGGUUGACUCUGCGUGUUUGUGUGUGUUUGUCCCUCAGCCGGAGAGGAUAGACCCCAGCGCUUCCAGACAGGGUUACGAUGUGCGCUCAGACGUCUGGAGUUUGGGAAUCACACUGUAUGAACUGGCCACAGGACGGUUCCCCUACCCGAAGUGGAACAGUGUGUUCGAUCAGCUGACGCAGGUGGUGAAGGGCGACCCGCCGCAGCUCAGCUGCUCAGAGGAGAGACAGUUCUCCCCCAAAUUCAUCAACUUUGUCAACUUGUGCCUUACAAAGGACGAGUCAAAAAGGCCAAAGUACAAAGAGCUUCUGAAACAUCCCUUCAUUCAGAUGUACGAGGAGCGUACGGUAGACGUGGCCAGCUAUGUCUGCAUGAUCCUGGAUCAGAUGCCCGCGUCUCCCAGCUCCCCCAUGUAUGUGGACUGACGCGUGGGUUUAAACACAGAACGGCAGUAUUAAAACACGAAACCGUACACGACCGAACGUUCAGUUCAAGCUCGACUGUAAAAUACCUCCUUCCCACGUCUCUCUCUCUCUCUCUCUCUCUCUCUCUCUCUUACUGUCGCUCUCACAUCUCACACACACACACACACAUGCAUCUGUAAAGUGCAAACACACGUGUCUGACGGCGGUCUGAUCUCUCGCGGAUGCGGAAUAGUGAUUUUAAACCGAUAUGAAAUAAUGAAAUAAUAAAUAAGCCUGGAAAUUGUAUUUAUAUUUCUGAAAUCACUUGUGGAAUAUUUGAUUCGGAAAGCCUUCGACGUACUGGAAACCUGCUCGUGUCUCGUCCCCCCUCUUCAUGUAUGUGAUAUUAAACAUGUGUUUUGUAUGUAAAGGUGAAUGAUGAUGCAGAGGUGGCCGGGGUUUCUGUAAUCCUCACUGUACAACGACUGUGUGCUGAUAUUAUAAAUAAAACUGAGGAAUAUGGAAACGA